AUGUUCUUUAGAGAACAAAGGAGAAAGAAGGGGGACUUAACACUCAAUGUUCAACUAGCCAAAGGAUUUCUCGAUGAGGCACAAGAUCUGGUGAGAUAUGAUAGACAGAACGAAGUAGUUUUACAGUUAGAACACUGUUGCCGAAUAGUAUAUGCUAAAGCAGUAAAACAGGAGCAAAUCAUGCUGCAACAACGAGCCAAGAUGCAGUGGAUGAAAGGAGGGGACCAGUGCUCCCGGAUUUUCUUUCGUAAAAUAGCCCAGAGAAGAGUGGCGAGGAGGAUUUUGCAGAUCAAUGAUGAUAAUGGGACUAUCCUUACAGAAACAGGAGAGAUUAUCAAUGAAUUCGUGAGUUACUACAAAGACCUCUUGGGAGGUAACAAACGACAGACUACGAUGGAUAUUGGUUUUCUUAGACCGUGGGCUGGACAUGUACUUUCAAAUGAGGAGACUAACUAUCUUAUAUCGGCGUUUACACCAGAUGAUGUAAAGAAUGCAGUAUUUGACAUUGCAGAGGACAAGGCUCCGGGACUUGAUGGAUAUUCAUCAGGUUUCUUUAAAGCAGCUUGGCCAGUGGUGGGUCAGGAAGUUACAAAGGCGAUACUGGAAUUCUUUAGUUCCGGUAAACUACUCAAACAAGUCAACGCCACACUGUUGACUCUGAUUCCAAAGUUGGGAUUUGCAGAUGAUCUCUUACUCUUCUGUAAAGCUGACUUAGAUUCUCUCAGGGUUCUCAAGAUGGGGUUGGAUCGAUUUGCAGACUGGUCAGGACUUCGUUUGAAUAUACACAAAAGCCAUGUCAUUAUAUCCCGAUCAGCACAAGGUUGGAAGGAUCAGAUCUUAGCAGUUAUGGGAUUCCAGGAGGGCCAGUUACCAAUGAGGUAUUUGGGUGUCCCUCUUCUAUCUUCUAGAUUGACUAUAAAUGACUCAAUGAGCACAUACUGGGCAUCUGCUUUCAUUCUACCGAAGACUGUUAUUAAACAAAUUGAGAAACGCCUCAGAAAUUUUUUGUGGAAAGGCAAUUAUACAUCGGGCUACGCUAAGGUAGCAUGGAAGGAUGUGUGUAAACCGCAUAUGGAAGGAGGCCAAGGGAUCAAGGAUAUAGGUAUCCUUAACCGUGCAUUAAUGGCAAAAAAGUUAUGUGACGUUAUCAGAUGUGACCGAACAUCUAUUUGGGUUGAGUGGCUGAAGCAUGGACGACUACGUGAUAAUUCUAUAUGGACGAUUAAUGAGAAGGGAGGAUCAUGGGGAUGGCGAAAGAUACUACGACUUCGAAGAUCCAUCCUGCCCAUGACGGAGUUUAUUAUUGGAGAGGGGAACUCAUUCUUCUUAUGGAAGGACCCGUGGCACCACUUGGGCCCUCUUAUUACUAGAUUCCCACGUGGACCGAGACUCGUGGGACUUGAUAAAUCAGCCAAACUUCAAGUAGUUAUUGAUGAGGGGCAAUGGCAGUGGCCUCUUAUUACUGAUUUGGAAUGUAUGGAGAUCAUUUAUACACUACCUCCGAUUCACGGAGGAGAUGACAGGAUCAACUGGAGAUUCUCCGAGGAACGACCCACCACACAAUCCCUAUACAGGCUUUUCAGUCCACCUGGACCGAAAGUAGGUUGGUAUUCACUACCAAUCCCUAUACAGGCUUUUCAGUCCACCUGGACCGAAAGUAGGUUGGUAUUCACUACUCUCGGGUUCAUUAAAGAUUCCACGACAUAA